CGCGUCGCCACUGUCCAGCUUUCUAUAUUACAGAUGACGGCCUCCAUGGGGCUCACGUACCUGCCCCUAUCUUGCCUGGUGCUCCGUACGGGACUGCAUCACGACCAUGGCAGCUGAUCCGACCUAUCCCUUGUACUCUGUCUUCGCUUUCAUCGGGUUCAUCCUAGCCCUCGUCCCCCUUCCGUGGCAUCUACAGACCGCCAACACUGGGACAUGCUACUACAUGAUCUGGACGUCUCUUGCAUGCCUGAACGAAUUCGUAAACUCCGUUGUCUGGGCUGACAAUGCUUUGAAUGUCGCGCCUGUGUGGUGCGAUAUCUCUACGCGCAUCACCAUUGGCGCGUCGGUGGGAAUCCCCGCUGCCUCUCUAUGUAUCAAUCGUCGACUCUACUAUAUCGCCCGCAUGGACGCUGUGGCGAUCACACGUGCAGAGAAACGACGAACUAUCCUGGUCGAUUCUUUGAUCUGCAUAUUGUUCCCAAUCUUGUGCAUGGUCUUCGCAUACAUCGUUCAGGGACAUCGUUUCAAUAUCUUCGAAGUUCUCGGAUGCUAUCCGGAUGUCUAUAACACGCUCCCGUCAAUAUUCCUCGUGUAUACUUGGCCCAUCGUCAUCGGCCUAGUCUCAGCCGUGUACUGUGUACUGUCGUUGCAUUCUCUCUUGAAGCGACAAGCACAAUUCAAGCAGUUCCUCUCAAGCGGAGCAGGAUUGACCCCGAGUCGCUACUAUCGACUGAUGGCAUUGUCCAUGACCGAGAUCCUCUUUACCACCCCGUUUGGCGCAUAUGAAAUCUACAGCGCCGUCACCGGAAGCUCUAUGCAGCCGUGGCUAGGCUGGGCGAACACUCAUUACAAUUUCUCUCGCGUCGUUCAAUACCCUGCCAUCGUCUGGAUGUCUAACCCUCAGCUCGCCAUCCCCCUCCAGCUCAGCCGCUGGAUCAUCGUCGGCUGUGCCUUCAUAUUCUUCGCGUUCUUCGGCUUUGCUGAAGAAGCUAGGAGAAGAUACUAUGCCUUGUACUCAUCUCUGUGCAGUCGGAUGCACUCGCUUCGCAUGCUCCGAGGUGGUCCUCGCGAUGACCUGCCUUUCGUCACAGAUCACACCAAAGGCGCCACGAAGCGCGAGGACACACUACCACCCUACAGCCCCCUAGCUGCCUCGCCGGGGUGGCGGUCGCUGGCGUCCGUCACUAUGGCUGGUAGCGAUUGUACGCCUAUUAAAACAUCAUUCUCGGACAAUUUCUCUCCCGAUGAGCCCGGAUCACCUUACGACAAAUGCUAAUAUACGACUGGCGGAGGUUCUCCGCCGCUUCACUCUCUUAUUUCUCUAUGCGGUUUCUCGAGCAUCUGUAUCGAUAGUACUACAGGGCAAUGUAUUCGUUCGUUCUUCGCGGUAGGCGGCCUCGCAACACUUUUGUCACCACCA